AUGACCAACCCUGCAGUCAGCAACGAGGACUUCUACAAGGCCAUCAUCAAGCAUGCUAAGGAGAAACCGGUCGUGGACUACGAUGCCUUGGCUACAGAGAUUAACAUCAGUGUCGGCGGUGCUGGGAACAAAGUGCGUGCCUUUUUGAAAGAACUCGAGGGAGCUGGCGCUGCAUGGGCGAGCCAGGACGGUGGCCAGGCCACCGCUGGUGCCAAAGCUCCCCUCGUUGCGGGUGCCAAGCGCAAGCGUGCUGCACAGAAGAAAGUGAAGGAUAAGGCUGGCGGUGAAGGGGCCGCUGCUGCUGCCACUGCCGCCGCCAAGAUUGGUGAUGACGGCCCUGCCUCUGACAACUCACCUCCAAGAAAGAAGCCAGGUCGUGCCUCUUUUUCUGACAAGUCGCCUCCAAGAAUCAGGCCAGCUCGUGUCAAGGACGGUGUCAAGGCCAAGAAUAAGGGCAAAGGCAAAGAAAUCAUCGUUGCUACUUCCGACAAAGAACCAAACAACGAGAAGUCAGCUCGUAGUAAAGCUCACGCCAAAGUCAUGCAGUCUACACCCACCAACAACAGCGGAGUCGAAGGCGAAGAGGUCAGCGUUACUACCUCCAACCUAGAGCCAGCCAGGAGCUUGCUUGUAGCUCGCGGUAAGGCUCUCGCUAAGUUUAUGCAGUCUACACCCACCAACAACAGCGGAGUCGAAGGCAAAGAGCUCAGCGACGCUCCUGAUAAGAAGGACGCGAAGCCUGGAAAGGAGAGAGCUGCUGCGAAGCCUGAGACCCUGCCCACAAUUCCCGCCGCCGACAGCGAUGUGAAUGAAGACGCUCUCGCUUCCGACGAGAAUGACGACGCUUCAGCUACCUACGAGGAUGAAGACGAUCCAGCUACCGACGAGGAUCAAUAUUCUCUCCCUUCCGCCGUGAAUGAAGACGAUCUUGCUUCCGAGGAUGAAGAUGCCCUCGCUUCCGACAAGGAUGAAGACGAUCUCGCUUCCGAGGAUGGAGAUGUUGUCACUUCCGACGAGGAUGAACUUGAGGGGCCCCCUUGGAUGUACGAACUACUCAACGCACCUACGCCACCCGCGAGAUUCAUGGAGCUCCAUGAGGUGCUUGAAUGGUACGAGCAUAUCCCUGCGAGGCCAGCCGAUCCUUGGACCUCAGACGAAGAUUCGGACAAGGACGAGGUCGACAAUGCCAAGAAGAACGAGGGUGAGAAUACCAAGAAGGACGAGGUCGAGAACACCGGGAAAAACGAGGCCGAGAAUCCCAAGAAAGAAUGA